AUGCCGAGCGCUGCUGAAGCCGCCGACCUCCGACGCUUCGGCCAGUUCGCUCGCGGCUUCUACGCCGAUACCAAUAUCGACCGGCGGACCUGCCAGCGCGUGACACCUCUCGAGGUGUUGCAUCUAGCACACUCACGCACGGGAACGCUUAGUAUGGUCUGCGCCUAUGAAAUCCUGGGCUACCCCAACCCCUACCACUUCUCGUCCAUCUGGGCCAACGCGCGCGACAGCGAUCUCUGGCUGGAGGCUUUCCGGGCGAAGUGGGAGGGCGUGGGAGCGCCCUUCGGCCGGGCGCAAUGGGACCAGCUACUAGGCCAUUGCGGCGCCGUGACGGACCAGCCGGCAAUCCUGUUCGCGGAGGAGCUGCUGGCUGCAUAUCCGGACGCGAAGGUCGUACUGGUCGAGCGCGAUGUCGAGUCGUGGUACCGCAGCAUCUCGGCGCUGUUCGACGUGUCGCUGGCGCCGAUGUUUUUAGGUUUGCGCUUCCUCGAUCCAUACUGGAUCGGUCGCAUCAUCCGCGUGGGAGUCAUCAGCUUCGGGUAUGCGUUCGGCCAGGCACACAACCCGACCGUCGCUGGCUUAAAACGUCGCGCGCGCCAGGGUUACCGGGAGCACUACGCCAACGUCCGGGCACUCGUGCCGCCGGAGCGCCUGCUAGAGUAUCGCCUCGGCGAUGGGUGGGAGCCUUUGUGUGACUUUCUAGGAAAACCCAUACCGAAGGAACCAUUCCCACACCUGAAUGAGUCGCGGGAUCUACAGGAGAUGCGUUGCGGCGGAGUGCAGUGA